AGAGUUUUGGUCCAAGCCACGAGUUCCGCCCCCAAAGGCGUGCCGAUGCCGGAGCUGACACUACCCAGGGCCCAGCAGGUGCAAACGGUGCAACACGUGUACCCAGCGGAGGUCCAGUAUAUCGAGGGAGGGGAGGCCGUCUACGCCAACGGGACUCUGCGCGCUACCUAUACUUACAACACUGAGGCCCAGAUUUAUGCUCCAGGCAGCGCCACGGCCUACUUUGAGUCUCAAGGGGGCAGCGCUCAGGUGAGCCCGGGGGCUUCCUCCCCCACCGCCAUCCCCUCCCACGGCAUGGUGGGCCUGGCCCUGGACAGUGCGGGCACCAGCCAGAUCGUCACCAGCUCCGGCACCUACCUCAUCCACGGCGGGAUGGAGAACGCCCGGCACACUUUGUCGCACGCCUCCCGCUCCUCUCCGGCCACGCUCGAAAUGGCCAUUGAGAACCUCCAAAAAAACGAAGGCAUUACGUCGCACAAAAGCACCCUGCUGAACAGCCAUCUUCCUUUUGACUUCACAUGGAAAAUGCUGAAGGACAAGUUCAACGAAUGCGGGGGAGGCGGCGGUGGCGCCACAAUUCCAGCCAUUGACCGGAUGGCUCCGGGACUGGACCGCAUGGCCAGCAGCAUUGACAGGCUCCCCUCCGGCCUAGGCCACGGGAUCGAGCGCUCCGAGAUGGACCGCAUGGGGCUGGUGCUGGACCGCAUGGGCUCCGGAGUAGAUAGGAUGGGAUCGGGCAUCGACCGCAUGGCUCCCUUGGGCUUAGACCACCUGGCCUCCAGCAUCGACCGCAUGGGCCCCGGGAUGGAUCGGAUGGGGGCCGGCCUGGGCUUCGGCCUGGACCGCAUGGGCUCCACCCUCGACCGCGUGGGCAGCGCCAUGGACAGGAUGGGCAGCGGGGUAGACCGGAUGGGGCUGGGCCUGGACCGCAUGGUCCCGGCGGGGAUGGGCCCCGUGAUGGAUAGGAUGCCGGCGGGGCUGGACCGCCUCGGGGCGGCCCCCAUGGACCGCAUGGGGCUGGACCGCUUGGCGGCCCCCAUGGACCGCAUGGGGCUGGACCGGAUGGGCGCGGCCGCGACCAGCAUGGACCGCAUGGGGCCGGCCUUGAGCCAGGGCAUGGGGGCGGGCCUAGACAGGAUAGGACUGCCCAUGGGGAGCACCUUCGAGAGAACCAUGGAGAUGGAGCGCGGGAACUUUGCGGCCGGAAACUUCACCAGCGCCCUGGGAACCGGAGGGCCUGUUGCUGCCGCCGGUGGAAUCGCCAGGAAGGCUUGCCAGAUUUUUGUGAGAAAUGGGUCCCCGUGGGCCCCUCCCUGCCCCCGGCUUCCUACCUGGGGAGCCUCACGCUCUCUCUUCCCCCAGGUGAGCGUGGUGAGUGCCUUUGCCCAGACCCUGCGCAGGUACACCUCCCUCAACCACCUGGCCCAGGCCGCCCGGGCCGUCCUCCAGAACACCUCCCAGAUCAACCAGAUGCUCAGCGAUCUCAACCGGGUGGACUUCGCCAACGUCCAGGAGCAAGCCUCCUGGGUCUGCCAGUGCGAGGAGGGCCUGGUGCAGAAACUGGAGCAGGACUUCAAGGCGACGCUGCAGCAGCAGAGCUCCCUGGACCAGUGGGCGCGCUGGCUGGACGAGGUGGUCACGCAGGUGCUGAAGCCCCACGAGGGCGCGGCCAGCUUCCCCCGGGCGGCCCGGCAGUUCCUGCUGAAGUGGUCCUUCUACAGACGCCUUCGGCAACCUGGGCCUCGAAGCCGGCGCCCGGGUGAAGCCCCGGGUGAAGCGCGAGCACAGUGACCCUGGGCCAUCCUUGCAGGAGAUCUAGGCUGACCGGGCAGGCCGCGUACCCGCCCCCUCUACUCCAACUCCGCCGAGAGUGCCAAAGCUUUCCGAACGACGCCCUGUGAGGACUCCCGGCCCUCCCGGACGACGGCGUGCCUCUACGUUCCUCCUCCUCCUCCGCCUUCUCGUACUUACGAGUCUUCGCCAAAGACGGGCCGGUGUCCAGCAAGACAGAGAAGGCCCUCGACCGUCGGCCGGUCCUUCUCUUUGCAAGGACACCCCCCCCCAAGCAGGCCCACCCCCCCGUCCUCCCUCCUGCUCUUAUGCUUUGCCUUAACUGACUCCUCUCCCCCAAUGGGGAACAACCUGCCGAGGUGCCACUGUGACCCUGGGGCACUGAUCGAUUCUGCACCUGGCGAGGGAAGGGGAAGGGCGGCCUUCUGGCGUCCACUCCGACUCUUGCUCAAUAAACGGACACUUGUGGCCAAC